UGGAUUUCUAUUGGAUUUGGAUUGGAUUUGGAUUGGAUUUGGAUUGGAUUUGGAUUGGAUUUGGAUUGGAUUUGGAUUGGAUUUGGAUUGGAUUUGGAUUGGAUUUGGAUUGGAUUUAGAUUUGUAGGUAUGUUUUGAAAUAUCUUAAAAGAUGCAAAUAUAGUGACCAACACUGUAAACAGAUUUAGAGGUGAUAACGACCGAUGAAAGCAGCUAUUGUUAAAGAAGUUUGGGAAAAAUGAAAGUGUGUUGCUCGUGUUUUCGGUGAACCGAAGCAAGAGUUCAGUUCUAUUUUGCAGUUUACACCACAUAACUCUCAGAGAGGUUCCCAUAUCGGUUCUGGAACAUGUCGACACAUCUACGGUUUCGUACAUCGAUAACCUUUCUAUUAACCCUGUUUACGGUGGCGAACUCGGUAAGUGAUCAAGGACGCUACUACGCACCAUGGCUCAUCUUUCCACCGACGGCACCUACCAGACAUCAACUGAUCAGCGGAAUCGGUAUACCUCUGGGAACUCCCGAAUCCAUAGUCAGCGGUUGGGUUCUAAAGGCCCAAUACUUUCUACCGACUUCGGUCAACGAUCUGCGACCCGUCUACCUCGAAGGGUGGAACGACAGUCGGAAAUCUAUCGCGAAGCGAGAUACCCUUGCAGUCGUUACACCUUUACAAGGUUACGGAGCGUCCCAAAAUGACGAAGUCCCCAAAGAAGACGAUGACCUGUUCGACGAUUCGGACGACGAAUACUGGUCUACGCUGGAUGAAGAGCAGCACGUGCGUGAAACCACCCGGCAGUCUUCAACCGCGAAUGAAGAUCUGUCUACGAUUCCCGCUGGAUACGAUACGAACUUGUCUCGUUGGACAACGUACAAAGCCUUGGAGCAGAUCGGAGCUGUCUACGGCGCGGGAGGUCGGGAAUGCGUACUGCGGAGUAUCUGCGAAGCGGCCAGUGCAGUGUUCACCCAUACCGGAGGAAUAUUUGCCGAGUUGCUGCACAUUGUCUUCACACCUUCCACAACUACGGAGUCUAUGUCAGACAACAGUGACGGUGAGUACUAUCGAGCGGAACAACUCGGAAGGGAUGGAGCCCCAUGUCACCUGGUAUUUCACGAAUGUGGAAUCUCCUUACUGGACAUAUUCACCGGAGUUCACGAUUCGGAAACGAAUGCUUUGACGGUAGCGCAUGAUAAAUUGAUGAAAAGAUCUGUGUGAUCAUGUA